AUUAUUAUUAUUGUUAUUUCAAGGAAAGAGCUUGAAGUUUGGAAGGGAGGGGAGGGGGUGGAUUAGAAGGGUCUCCAAAGUAACCAGGGUUUGUUUGCAGGACCGAAUUGGUAACGUAAAUGGGGAGUCCUGGAUCGAGGACCGGAGAGAGCGUGGCCUGCGAUUUCUGCACUGAGCAACUGGCAGUUCUGUACUGUAGAGCCGACUCAGCCAAGCUCUGCUUGUUCUGCGACCAGCACGUGCACUCGGCGAACCUGCUCUCCCGGAAGCACCUCCGCUCUCAGAUCUGCGAUAACUGUAGCUCGGAGCCGGUCUCGGUUCGCUGCGCCACGGACAACCUGGUGCUGUGCCAGGAGUGCGAUUGGGACGCCCACGGCAGCUGCUCCUUGUCGGCCUCACACGAUCGCGAUCCGGUUGAAGGGUUCUCUGGGUGCCCCUCGGCCCUCGAGCUGGCUUCUCUCUGGGGCAUCGAUCUCCAGCACAAGAAGCUGAAUCCGUCCGCGCCUUCGAUUCUGAAUUGGGCCGAUGGUACUAUGGACGACUCGUCCUCAUGGGUGUUUGAAAAAUCAAGAGCUGGGGUGGUGUCUCUUCAGGACCUGAUUGUACCGAACGAGAACGCGAUUUUCGGCGUGAAUGGUGGGGAAAUCGUGACUGCGUCAAAGAAGCAAAACGGUCCGAGCUGUGGGAAGCGGAGGCAGGUGAUGUUUAAGCAGCUGGUGGAGCUUUUCAAGAAGGGCUUGGCGGCGGAGUCGCCGAGGAGUAGUGCUGAUUGGCAGGGAACGAGUUUGGAAGGAGUAGUGGAUCUGGGAAAUGGAGUUGAUGGGGUUGAUGAAUUUGUAGGUGCGAGUCCGGUUGCUCAACAACAACCACAAGCGCCGCUCACGGCUUUGCUUAUGAUGGAUUCGAAGGAGAACAAUCGUAUUGUGGAUGGGGAUAUGUUGUGGGGUUCUAAUCCCUAUAGUCAUAGUACCCAGAUAUGGGAUUUUAAUCUUGGACGAUUGAGGUAUCUUGACGAAACAGAGGCGCUGGAAGCUGCCUAUGGUGUAAAUGAUGCAGGAUUUAUGGUGAAAAAUUUUGGUGAACUUAUGAAAGAAACAUCUUUGACUAAAUCAAAAAUGUUCGGAGACUUGUACCAGAUGAAUUGCCCUACUGCACAUGAUGAUAUGGCGAUUAAUAAUAAUUCGAAAAACCCAUCAGCCAGCCAGGGUCCCGCAACAUCGGAGAGUAACAACCUACCUAUGGGAAGACCAUCCACAGGUUCAGCAUUUGGUAAAGCAGGAGGUUCUGGUGCCUCUAAAGAUGUCGAGUUUGUGGAACAAUCUUUUUUUGUUAGAGGUGGCAGUGUGGGAACAGCUGCAACUCCCAAGGCUGACAUGGAGCUGCUGGCACAGAAUAGAGGCAAUGCCAUGCAACGUUACAAGGAGAAGAAGAAAACGCGAAGAUAUGAUAAGCACAUAAGGUACGAGUCAAGGAAAGCAAGAGCUGAUACUAGGAAGCGAGUCAAGGGCCGGUUUGUGAAGACUAGUGAAGCUCCCGAUGAUUAAAUGCACGUGAAGAACACCAUCUCCUUGCUCGCUGUCUCUAAAUAUAUCUUAUAUUCUUACCACAAUUCAAUGUAUAAUUCUGCAGUCUUGUUAAUCUGCAUUAACAAUUCUUAGUUUGCCUA